AUGUCUAAGCAGUAUCUGUCUUGGAAUUCGGCGGACAACGCCCACCCAAUUGAUAUCUUCUCAUUGGCUGUGACGUCCAACCAAAUACUAUCGGCUUCAGGAGCGUCUACUCUCAAGGUUCAUUCCACCGCGGACGCUGAUUUUCCGCUGGUGCAGACGAUUGAGGCUGCCCACAAGAUCGGAUGUCAUCAUGUUGUCACGUCCAGGAACAGCCAAAACGCUGCUAGUAUUGGAUUCGACGGGAAUAUCAAAAUCUGGGGCUGUGAGAAUGGGAUAUGGUCUGAAGUGACUAAACUGUCGAAUGUCUUGAAGCAGUCAAAUGCCUGGGCAAUCACCUUGUCAGACGAUGCCAAGUAUCUCGCAGGAACGACGCAUGAUGGUCACAUCAAAGUUUGGGAUUUGGCUAGUAAUGGAGAACAAUUCCGGAGCUACGAAACCAAGGGAACUUUUGGCUCUUGCAUUGAUAUGUCUAGUGAUGGGAAAUACAUAGCAAGUGGUCAUGAAAGCGGAAGCAUCUAUAUUUUCAACAAUGAAACUGGUCGAAUACCAUUUUCAUUAUCCGGACUAGUAAAACCAGUACGCACUGUUGCAUUUUCUCCUAGCGGAAAGUUUCUGGCGGCAGCAGGAGACUCCAAGGUUAUUGUACUCUAUGAUACAGAGUCUGGUGAGCAAGUUGCCCUUCUGUCUGGGCACUCGGCAUGGGUUCUGUCUCUCGAUUGGAGUCAUACCGGCGAGUAUCUUCUAAGCGGUUCUUUCGACGGCAAAGUGAAGGUGUGGUCAAUUGAACGCAGAACAUGCGUAGCAACCCAUUCCGAGGCUGAAAAGGCUAUAUGGAGUGUGAAGUGGUUGCCUAAAUUGGGAAAGACUGAAGGGUUUGCUACUGCUGGCGCGCAUCGCAGCAUAUGGUUUUACCGAGAGGCAACUGGCGGUUAG